AUGUCCUUUUCUAAUCUUUUUGGGUCGUUCGCUAUGGACAGUGACGAGAAGAAAUCAGAGCACGUCACGAAGAAGAUCAAAAUUACCGCCAAUAAUGGAUGGGAGCACGUCUUUGCAAGAGGUGGAAUUAAAACGCGCUUUACAAAAACUACCACCGCAGAUGCGACAGAAUUCCUGAAGAACUAUCUCACUCGAGAUAAUCAUAAUCGCGCCCAGAUCUUUGGCAGGCUGCUUCCGCUCGACUUACUUCAUCUCGCACGCACUACCAAGGCUCUGCGCGCCGUGCUGAUGCACCGCUCGUCUACGACCGUGUGGAUGGCUGCGCGCUCCAAUGCAAAUGGAAUGCCUGCUUGUGCUAAUGACAUGUCAGAGCCUGCGCAUGCGAGCCUCGCGUUCGAUACGCACUGUCACAAUUGUCUCAAACCAAAUGUGCGCAGUGUCGACUGGAACCUUCGAGUCAGGUACUGCCAAAAAUGCUUUAAAGAGCGCACAGAGGUUGUCGAUGAUAAGUUCAAAAAAGCAUAUGGAUUAAAAUUGCACCAUUGCUUGUCAUUGAGCAUGACGCAGAAUCGACAUGACAUUCGCUGUCUGGUUUCAGACAGGGAAUUGUUGAUCGACGAGUUGUCAAAACUCGGGCCAGAAGAAAGAUCUGUCCUUCGAGGAACGAAGAGAGAUGAGAUGCUCGUUCGAAAGGAGCAUGCAACUCUGUGCACGAAAUGGAUAGAAGGCGAACAACAGAGUAGAUGGGAUGAACUCGACCAUCUGAGAAGCUUACGCUAUGACGCUAUCGUGAAGAAGUUGAAUGAGCUUGGCUGGGAGGAAGAUGUCAACAAGCUUCCAGAUCAGCGUACUGCACGAAUCUACAAGUUGACCCAUUUUGAAGAUCAUCCACUUGUCAAGCAGCCAAGGCCCUUGACCGAUCGCAUCUGGCAAAACAUCCAACACAAAAUGGUUGAAUUCAUGGGCCAAAUGCGCGAAUUCCGCAUUCAACAAGAAAGAAAACAGCAGAUCAGGGAGCGACAGAGCCUCGUCGCAACGAUAUAUAGUGACUGGCAACGGGAGAAAGGGUAUCACAAGUAUCUCAUGCCUACUGCCGCCGAUCUUUUUGGGAUGCGACAAGUUCGCAAUAUCGUGGAGUUGCCUGCCCAUCUGACCAUCACCGUAGAAGAUUUUCAGCCCGUUCGUGAGGAGCUAUAUAAACUAGUCGACACUUGGAAGCGCUGCGCCAUUCAUGAUUUGCGGUCAGAUUUACUAUGGCGGCUUGAAUUUCACCCACCGUACUGGCAAGACCGACUCUCUAUUCAAUGCGAGAAACUUGCUGCUGCUGUCUUUACGUGCAGAGUAUGGCUUUGCGAAGACAUUCCUGAGCCUAAUGACUCGCCUCAGUACAUGUACUUCCCGGAGUAUCUUCACCAUAGGUGCAAUCGGAUCCGGCGACGAUCAUGGGAUGAACUUCACCCUCCCAACACGUUUGAAAUGGGCCAAGGGUACCCGGGAAGUACUAUGCAACGAGAGUGGUCCACGGACGAUCUCGAAUUCGAUAAGAAGGCCUCCCAAACCGUGAAGAACAUCCUCCAUGCAUGCGACUUAAACUGGAGAGUGGCAACAGCGUCGGAGCUCGACGAUCUGGACCCUAGGCUGGUCUGCCUAAAAUGCAGCUAUGGCAACCGCUGUGAUGGGGAAAGACCUAUGAUAGCCCGUUCGUGGCGAGAAUCUGUCAAACAUUGCGCUAAGAAGCAUUGGAGUGACUCCACUGUGAAAUGGGAGAAAAUUUCGGACGAGGAGGCUAGAAGUCUUCGCCAGAGCCAGGAGGAAGCCGCCGCGAGCACCACAAUACCUCCGCGCAAAAUUUGGCGGUGCACUCAUUGCCAUGACAAGCCUGAAGAACCGGAGAAAAUGACUGUGCAGGGCAUGACGGAUCAUUUGGAGGAUCAUCAUUCAAUAAAUCCAAUCGACCAAGUUGUCGGAAAAGACUUCGCUGAAGCUUUGGAUGUGCCUCCUCCAGCUAUUGCUUCUGCAAAGCUGAAGCCGAAAGCUGUGGACCCUCCGCCUUUGAAAUAUCUCCCAGCACGUUGA